AUGGCUGAACCCGAGGUGGAGGCGGCCGCAGCCACAGCGAUGGAAACCGAGGCGCCUGCAGCAGCCGGUCAGAAGAGGGAGCGGGAGGAAGGAAGUGAUCCUGCUGGUGAUGGCGGCGAGGCGGCGACGGAGGAAGCGGCGGCGGCUAAGAAGCCGAAGGUAGAGGAGGAGGCCAAGGAAGCAGAGGAAGCGGGGGAGGGGAAGGCAGAGGAGACGGAGGAGGGGAAGGCAGAGGAGGCGGAGGAGGGGAAGACAGAGGAGGCGAAUGAGGAGAAGGCAGUGGAGGCGGAUGGCAAACCUGUGAAGCUGGGGCCGAAAGAGUUCGCCUCGGCCGUCGAGAUGUUCGACUACUUCUUCGCUCUGCUCCACUCCUGGACGCCGCAGCUUGAGUUCAAUAAGUAUGAACAAAUGGUGUUGGAAGAUUUGCUGAAGAAAGGCCAUGCUGAACCUGCUAAGAAGAUUGGGGCAGGAGUCGAAGCAUUUGAGAUACGCAACCACCCGGUGUGGCAAAGCCGCUGCUUCUUUGUCCGCAGGAUUGAUGGAUCCGCAGAUGACUUCAGCUUCCGCAAAUGCGUCGACAACAUACUGCCUCUCCCUGAGGACAUGAAGAUCGGCAAUGGCAAGAAGUCUGGUGGCCACCACAAGGGUGGCGGCGGUGGGGGGCGGGGAGGAGGAGGAGGACGCGGGGGAGGUGGCCGUGGCGGCUGGCGCGGUGGGCGCGGCCGGGGCAGGAGGGGAGGGUAG